UACAACGCCAACCACAGUCAAAUGUGAGAUACCGGUACUGCUAGUUGCUCGAACGGGCGAGACAGAUCAGGACUAACCGUCUUUUCUUGGGAUUUCUAAAGAUUUCUGACAUUUUACUAUCGCCAACAUAUGUGUUACCCGGCUACUAGCUAGCUACCAAAAUGCCUGGUAAAGAUGGUGAAAUUGUGAUGGUGACAGGGGCAUCUGGAUUCUUGGGUCAGCAUAUCAUUAAACAGCUGCUAGAACAAGGCGAAUUUCUCAUCAAAGAGGUCAUGACCUUUGACCUAAGGCCUUUCACCUGGUGUCCAGAACUUGAAGUAAGCAACCCCAGUUGCAAGCUGACACACACUGAGGGAGACCUGUUAUGCAUGGAAGAGGUGCGUAGGGCAUUCAAGGGUGUGACUGUUGUUAUUCAUACUGCUGGUGUGAUUGAUGUGUCUCCUCUACCCGAUUCGGAACUUCUCCGUACUGUCAAUAUCCAAGGUUCUGAGAAUGUGCUUCAAGCCUGUAUACACAACAACAUACAGUAUCUUGUGUACACCAGCACAGUUGAUGUAGUUAUUGGACAGGAGCCUAUAACAGGGGGUACAGAGACAACAUUAGGCAUUCCUCAACAUCACCACUUUGGCCUCUACGCUAACACCAAAUAUGAAGCAGAAAAAAUUGUUCUUAAGGCAAAUAAUCUAAUCCUGCAAAACAGCAAGCGCCUCCAGACUUGCGCGCUUCGACCAACACCGUUGUAUGGUGAAGGCGAUGUGUACAACAGGGAUGUCUUACAACAAGCUUCUCUCUACAAGACAAUGGUUCGCUUGGGGAAUGAAUCUUCACGUUAUCAGUGUACCUAUGCUGGGAACAUUGCUUGGGGACAUGUCCUGGCUGUGAAGGAACUUGUUAAACCAACAACUGAAGAAUCUCCUGCAGGACAAGCCUUCUUCCUCACUGAUGAAACUCCCGUGUCUAAAGUCAGUGACUUCUUUACACCAUUCGUCAUAGGAGUCAACGCAAAGAUGUCCAGCUUCUCACUUCCAUUUUGGUUACUCUAUUCCAUUGCUGUUGUGAUAGAGAUAUGUGCCUGGCUACUUCAACCAAUCUAUAGGAUCAAGGUCUUUUUGACCACUGCUACUGUGUCUUAUGUCUAUGGUGUGUACUAUUUCCAGUGUGAAGGAGCAGAAAGAUGCCUUGGAUAUGAGCCUCUGUACACUUAUGAUGAUGCUGUGGAAAGGAGUCUUGUUUACUACAGAAGAGAAUGUGGCUUAUCUUGAACAACGGUGAUGCCCAGUUUUUCCCAGUCAGCAAUACUAUAUUUGUAUAUUUUUACUCACUACCUUUUGAUUUUACUUCCAGAGCAAUAACUUGCCACAAAUGAGAAUAUUGGCUUUAUGACAAAAGUGUAUUUACACCUGGUUGAUUUUGAAAAAUAUGUAGAUUAUGAGAACUUACUGUAAAAUUUCUUGUAAAAUUUAAAAAUACGUAAUAAUUUGCAGACAUUGUCUUUUUUAAAUGUUAUUUUACUUUGCCUGCAUACUGUCAAAAUACCUGCUAUUUUCUGAUCAAGGUCAGAAAAACGAAAAAUUUCACAUUUCUUUAAGAAUGUGCUGGUGUUGAAGGGCCUGUAUCUUAGACAAGACCACAAAGUAUUAUAAUUGUUUGCUGAUUCUUGCUCAGGUUAUUAAUUUUAGUAUGAAAGGUACUGUUUGUAUACAGUACUUUACUGAUUAGCACUAAAAUAACAGGUAUGAAAAAAAAAAUAGCAGGAAAAAUGUCUAAUAUGCAAUUAAGUACUCAUUUUCUAGAACGUUUUCACCUACUCCCAAAAUUGUUGAUUAAAGUUUUUCAUCUCCAAAAUUAUGUAUUAAUACAUUAAUUAAUGUGAGGAAAAUGGCCUUUGUAAUUAUUUGACAAGACAUUUCUGUUUCAUGAACAUCCUUCAGGAUUACAUGUACAUGUGUAUCUACACAUCAUACAUAAAAUAAAAAAUUCAAAAAAGAAAAUCUCUGUCUAUUCUGUUUUGGGGAACAACAAUUUAAGUUCAUAAAAAAAUCAUGUUCUAUGUCAACAUUUGUAGUAUUUCAUUCAUUUGAAUCUUUAGGUGAUUUUUACCUGGUUUUUCUUACAUAACCUUUCCCACACAAAAAUGCCUAUUUGUACUACAUAUCUAAAAAAUGAUAGAUAGUCCCUACUCUUUUUGAGAUACUGGGUGGAAGUUGCUGAUAUUUCAAGAGGUCGGCAUCUCUACAUGUGAACAAGGAUUGUUUGUCCUGUUUUUUGUACUUUGUAUUCUUUUUUUAUCAUUGUCUUGCAUGUGAUAAAUCACCAUCUUGUUCAAUAAGCCAAUGCCUUUCAUAAAGUUAGAAAAUCCAUAAUCCAUUUGGCAUCUGUCUGAAGGGAUAUUUAUUCCUUAUGUGAGUUAUCAUUUUAAUGUAACAAAGCAGUGGCCUUUACAUGUAGUUUUGUGAUUAAAAGUAGUGAUAAAAAUAAUCUUGCCAUGCAAUUGCAAAUAUUUUAUGAAAUCGAUCAAUACAGGGUAAAGGUUGUACAAGAUAACGAUAAAAUUAUUUGAUUUGAAAGGGUUCUAAGGGGCCCUUUAAAGGGGUACUCCCAGCUGAAAAAAGUUUAUAUCUAAAUAAAUAGAAAAAAAAUCAGAGUUAAAUGUUGAAAAUUUGAUAAAAAUAAAUGAAAUAAAACAAAUAAAUAUCAAAGUUAAUAACUUUUGAAGUUUAGCAAUAUUUUGUGAAAAGUUAUAUGCACAUCAUCAUGGAUAUUCAUUAUAUGAACUGAUGAUGUCAUGCCCCCACUUUCCCUAUUCUUCUGUUAUUAACCCUAAUAUAAAGACUGGUGGCUGAUUCAGCACCCCUUGACCUAUUUCAUGACAAAUCUGCUGCUUAAAAUUAACUGACCGCGCCGCUCGCUGACUUGUUAACUUUUGAGACCAAAUAUGUGACCCCCAGGUAUGCAUUUCCAAAAUUACGCAACAUUUUGUAAGUGCAUGUCAGACCCAAAAUUGCUCAUAUACGUGAAUUUGUGUACAAAUCCAAUUGAAAUUCUGUUUUUAACCAAAAUUCAUAAAUGUAUCAUUUCUCCUUUUACUGAUUAAAAACUCAAUUUCAUCUUGUUUAUGUUCAGACAUAAAGACACCAUCAAUUUUCAUUGAAAAAAACAAUGAAAAAUGGUUUUAAAAAAUAAAGAAAUAAAAUUUUAAAAAUAAAAAGUAUAAGAAAAAAUUUGCAAUAUUGGUUUUUUUCAACCACAUGUGUACAUUUGGUUAAAAUCCUACAAAGAUUAUGAAUUCGCAUAAUUAGUUAUUUUACGAAGCAUUUGAUCGUACAGUUUUGUAGAUUGACAUGUGCCAAUUGUGCAGUCGAUGGCAAAGAUUUUUUUAUAGGAAAAACAAGUGGAAGACUCUCAUAUUGCCAUGACAAUUAUCAGUAUGAUGGAAUUACCAUAUUCAUUAUGAAUAAAGAUACAGCAAAUCAUGUGAUCCACAAUAUUAUGUACCUGGUACAUUAAUUUGUAUGUACACACAUUCCAUCCAUAAUUUAUUACAGUUACUACCUAUUAAGAGUAACCCAAGGAGGGUUUCGUGUUGAAAAUCAUAAAUGAUCAUUAUGUGAUAAUGAAAUAUGCAAAUAAAUUAUUAUAUUAUAUAGG